AUGACUGAUGAUGAUGAUGAUGAUGAUGAUGAUGAUGAUGAUGAUGAUGAUGAUGAUGAUGAUGAUGAUGAUGAUGAUGAUGAUGAUGAUGAUGAUGAUGAUGAUGAUGAUGAUGAUGAUGAUGAUGAUGAUGAUGAUGAUGAUGAUGAUGAUGAUGAUGAUGAUGAUGAUGAUGAUGAUGAUGAUGAUGAUGAUGAUGAUGAUGAUGAUGAUGAUGAUGAUGAUGAUGAUGAUGAUGAUGAUGAUGAUGAUGAUGAUGAUGAUGAUGAUGAUGAUGAUGAUGAUGAUGAUGAUGAUGAUGAUGAUGAUGAUGAUGAUGAUGAUGAUGAUGAUGAUGAUGAUGAUGAUGAUGAUGAUGAUGAUGAUGAUGAUGAUGAUGAUGAUGAUGAUGAUGAUGAUGAUGAUGAUGAUGAUGAUGAUGAUGAUGAUGAUGAUGAUGAUGAUGAUGAUGAUGAUGAUGAUGAUGAUGAUGAUGAUGAUGAUGAUGAUGAUGAUGAUGAUGAUGAUGAUGAUGAUGAUGAUGCAGAUGAUGAUGAUGAUGAUGAUGAUGAUGAUGAUGAUGAUGAUGAUGAUGAUGAUGAUGAUGAUGAUGAUGAUGAUGAUGAUGAUGAUGAUGAUGAUGAUGAUGAUGAUGAUGAUGAUGAUGAUGAUGAUGAUGAUGAUGAUGAUGAUGAUGAUGAUGAUGAUGAUGAUGAUGAUGAUGAUGAUGAUGAUGAUGAUGAUGAUGAUGAUGAUGAUGAUGAUGAUGAUGAUGAUGAUGAUGAUGAUGAUGAUGAUGAUGAUGAUGAUGAUGAUGAUGAUGAUGAUGAUGAUGAUGAUGAUGAUGAUGAUGAUGAUGAUGAUGAUGAUGAUGAUGAUGAUGAUGAUGAUGAUGAUGAUGAUGAUGAUGAUGAUGAUGAUGAUGAUGAUGAUGAUGAUGAUGAUGAUGAUGAUGAUGAUGAUGAUGAUGAUGAUGAUGAUGAUGAUGAUGAUGAUGAUGAUGAUGAUGAUGAUGAUGAUGAUGAUGAUGAUGAUGAUGAUGAUGAUGAUGAUGAUGAUGAUGAUGAUGAUGAUGAUGAUGAUGAUGAUGAUGAUGAUGAUGAUGAUGAUGAUGAUGAUGAUGAUGAUGAUGAUGAUGAUGAUGAUGAUGAUGAUGAUGAUGAUGAUGAUGAUGAUGAUGAUGAUGAUGAUGAUGAUGAUGAUGAUGAUGAUGAUGAUGAUGAUGAUGAUGAUGAUGAUGAUGAUGAUGAUGAUGAUGAUGAUGAUGAUGAUGAUGAUGAUGAUGAUGAUGAUGAUGAUGAUGAUGAUGAUGAUGAUGAUGAUGAUGAUGAUGAUGAUGAUGAUGAUGAUGAUGAUGAUGAUGAUGAUGAUGAUGAUGAUGAUGAUGAUGAUGAUGAUGAUGAUGAUGAUGAUGAUGAUGAUGAUGAUGAUGAUGAUGAUGAUGAUGAUGAUGAUGAUGAUGAUGAUGAUGAUGAUGAUGAUGAUGAUGAUGAUGAUGAUGAUGAUGAUGAUGAUGAUGAUGAUGAUGAUGAUGAUGAUGAUGAUGAUGAUGAUGAUGAUGAUGAUGAUGAUGAUGAUGAUGAUGAUGAUGAUGAUGAUGAUGAUGAUGAUGAUGAUGAUGAUGAUGAUGAUGAUGAUGAUGAUGAUGAUGAUGAUGAUGAUGAUGAUGAUGAUGAUGAUGAUGAUGAUGAUGAUGAUGAUGAUGAUGAUGAUGAUGAUGAUGAUGAUGAUGAUGAUGAUGAUGAUGAUGAUGAUGAUGAUGAUGAUGAUGAUGAUGAUGAUGAUGAUGAUGAUGAUGAUGAUGAUGAUGAUGAUGAUGAUGAUGAUGAUGAUGAUGAUGAUGAUGAUGAUGAUGAUGAUGAUGAUGAUGAUGAUGAUGAUGAUGAUGAUGAUGAUGAUGAUGAUGAUGAUGAUGAUGAUGAUGAUGAUGAUGAUGAUGAUGAUGAUGAUGAUGAUGAUGAUGAUGAUGAUGAUGAUGAUGAUGAUGAUGAUGAUGAUGAUGAUGAUGAUGAUGAUGAUGAUGAUGAUGAUGAUGAUGAUGAUGAUGAUGAUGAUGAUGAUGAUGAUGAUGAUGAUGAUGAUGAUGAUGAUGAUGAUGAUGAUGAUGAUGAUGAUGAUGAUGAUGAUGAUGAUGAUGAUGAUGAUGAUGAUGAUGAUGAUGAUGAUGAUGAUGAUGAUGAUGAUGAUGAUGAUGAUGAUGAUGAUGAUGAUGAUGAUGAUGAUGAUGAUGAUGAUGAUGAUGAUGAUGAUGAUGAUGAUGAUGAUGAUGAUGAUGAUGAUGAUGAUGAUGAUGAUGAUGAUGAUGAUGAUGAUGAUGAUGAUGAUGAUGAUGAUGAUGAUGAUGAUGAUGAUGAUGAUGAUGAUGAUGAUGAUGAUGAUGAUGAUGAUGAUGAUGAUGAUGAUGAUGAUGAUGAUGAUGAUGAUGAUGAUGAUGAUGAUGAUGAUGAUGAUGAUGAUGAUGAUGAUGAUGAUGAUGAUGAUGAUGAUGAUGAUGAUGAUGAUGAUGAUGAUGAUGAUGAUGAUGAUGAUGAUGAUGAUGAUGAUGAUGAUGAUGAUGAUGAUGAUGAUGAUGAUGAUGAUGAUGAUGAUGAUGAUGAUGAUGAUGAUGAUGAUGAUGAUGAUGAUGAUGAUGAUGAUGAUGAUGAUGAUGAUGAUGAUGAUGAUGAUGAUGAUGAUGAUGAUGAUGAUGAUGAUGAUGAUGAUGAUGAUGAUGAUGAUGAUGAUGAUGAUGAUGAUGAUGAUGAUGAUGAUGAUGAUGAUGAUGAUGAUGAUGAUGAUGAUGAUGAUGAUGAUGAUGAUGAUGAUGAUGAUGAUGAUGAUGAUGAUGAUGAUGAUGAUGAUGAUGAUGAUGAUGAUGAUGAUGAUGAUGAUGAUGAUGAUGAUGAUGAUGAUGAUGAUGAUGAUGAUGAUGAUGAUGAUGAUGAUGAUGAUGAUGAUGAUGAUGAUGAUGAUGAUGAUGAUGAUGAUGAUGAUGAUGAUGAUGAUGAUGAUGAUGAUGAUGAUGAUGAUGAUGAUGAUGAUGAUGAUGAUGAUGAUGAUGAUGAUGAUGAUGAUGAUGAUGAUGAUGAUGAUGAUGAUGAUGAUGAUGAUGAUGAUGAUGAUGAUGAUGAUGAUGAUGAUGAUGAUGAUGAUGAUGAUGAUGAUGAUGAUGAUGAUGAUGAUGAUGAUGAUGAUGAUGAUGAUGAUGAUGAUGAUGAUGAUGAUGAUGAUGAUGAUGAUGAUGAUGAUGAUGAUGAUGAUGAUGAUGAUGAUGAUGAUGAUGAUGAUGAUGAUGAUGAUGAUGAUGAUGAUGAUGAUGAUGAUGAUGAUGAUGAUGAUGAUGAUGAUGAUGAUGAUGAUGAUGAUGAUGAUGAUGAUGAUGAUGAUGAUGAUGAUGAUGAUGAUGAUGAUGAUGAUGAUGAUGAUGAUGAUGAUGAUGAUGAUGAUGAUGAUGAUGAUGAUGAUGAUGAUGAUGAUGAUGAUGAUGAUGAUGAUGAUGAUGAUGAUGAUGAUGAUGAUGAUGAUGAUGAUGAUGAUGAUGAUGAUGAUGAUGAUGAUGAUGAUGAUGAUGAUGAUGAUGAUGAUGAUGAUGAUGAUGAUGAUGAUGAUGAUGAUGAUGAUGAUGAUGAUGAUGAUGAUGAUGAUGAUGAUGAUGAUGAUGAUGAUGAUGAUGAUGAUGAUGAUGAUGAUGAUGAUGAUGAUGAUGAUGAUGAUGAUGAUGAUGAUGAUGAUGAUGAUGAUGAUGAUGAUGAUGAUGAUGAUGAUGAUGAUGAUGAUGAUGAUGAUGAUGAUGAUGAUGAUGAUGAUGAUGAUGAUGAUGAUGAUGAUGAUGAUGAUGAUGAUGAUGAUGAUGAUGAUGAUGAUGAUGAUGAUGAUGAUGAUGAUGAUGAUGAUGAUGAUGAUGAUGAUGAUGAUGAUGAUGAUGAUGAUGAUGAUGAUGAUGAUGAUGAUGAUGAUGAUGAUGAUGAUGAUGAUGAUGAUGAUGAUGAUGAUGAUGAUGAUGAUGAUGAUGAUGAUGAUGAUGAUGAUGAUGAUGAUGAUGAUGAUGAUGAUGAUGAUGAUGAUGAUGAUGAUGAUGAUGAUGAUGAUGAUGAUGAUGAUGAUGAUGAUGAUGAUGAUGAUGAUGAUGAUGAUGAUGAUGAUGAUGAUGAUGAUGAUGAUGAUGAUGAUGAUGAUGAUGAUGAUGAUGAUGAUGAUGAUGAUGAUGAUGAUGAUGAUGAUGAUGAUGAUGAUGAUGAUGAUGAUGAUGAUGAUGAUGAUGAUGAUGAUGAUGAUGAUGAUGAUGAUGAUGAUGAUGAUGAUGAUGAUGAUGAUGAUGAUGAUGAUGAUGAUGAUGAUGAUGAUGAUGAUGAUGAUGAUGAUGAUGAUGAUGAUGAUGAUGAUGAUGAUGAUGAUGAUGAUGAUGAUGAUGAUGAUGAUGAUGAUGAUGAUGAUGAUGAUGAUGAUGAUGAUGAUGAUGAUGAUGAUGAUGAUGAUGAUGAUGAUGAUGAUGAUGAUGAUGAUGAUGAUGAUGAUGAUGAUGAUGAUGAUGAUGAUGAUGAUGAUGAUGAUGAUGAUGAUGAUGAUGAUGAUGAUGAUGAUGAUGAUGAUGAUGAUGAUGAUGAUGAUGAUGAUGAUGAUGAUGAUGAUGAUGAUGAUGAUGAUGAUGAUGAUGAUGAUGAUGAUGAUGAUGAUGAUGAUGAUGAUGAUGAUGAUGAUGAUGAUGAUGAUGAUGAUGAUGAUGAUGAUGAUGAUGAUGAUGAUGAUGAUGAUGAUGAUGAUGAUGAUGAUGAUGAUGAUGAUGAUGAUGAUGAUGAUGAUGAUGAUGAUGAUGAUGAUGAUGAUGAUGAUGAUGAUGAUGAUGAUGAUGAUGAUGAUGAUGAUGAUGAUGAUGAUGAUGAUGAUGAUGAUGAUGAUGAUGAUGAUGAUGAUGAUGAUGAUGAUGAUGAUGAUGAUGAUGAUGAUGAUGAUGAUGAUGAUGAUGAUGAUGAUGAUGAUGAUGAUGAUGAUGAUGAUGAUGAUGAUGAUGAUGAUGAUGAUGAUGAUGAUGAUGAUGAUGAUGAUGAUGAUGAUGAUGAUGAUGAUGAUGAUGAUGAUGAUGAUGAUGAUGAUGAUGAUGAUGAUGAUGAUGAUGAUGAUGAUGAUGAUGAUGAUGAUGAUGAUGAUGAUGAUGAUGAUGAUGAUGAUGAUGAUGAUGAUGAUGAUGAUGAUGAUGAUGAUGAUGAUGAUGAUGAUGAUGAUGAUGAUGAUGAUGAUGAUGAUGAUGAUGAUGAUGAUGAUGAUGAUGAUGAUGAUGAUGAUGAUGAUGAUGAUGAUGAUGAUGAUGAUGAUGAUGAUGAUGAUGAUGAUGAUGAUGAUGAUGAUGAUGAUGAUGAUGAUGAUGAUGAUGAUGAUGAUGAUGAUGAUGAUGAUGAUGAUGAUGAUGAUGAUGAUGAUGAUGAUGAUGAUGAUGAUGAUGAUGAUGAUGAUGAUGAUGAUGAUGAUGAUGAUGAUGAUGAUGAUGAUGAUGAUGAUGAUGAUGAUGAUGAUGAUGAUGAUGAUGAUGAUGAUGAUGAUGAUGAUGAUGAUGAUGAUGAUGAUGAUGAUGAUGAUGAUGAUGAUGAUGAUGAUGAUGAUGAUGAUGAUGAUGAUGAUGAUGAUGAUGAUGAUGAUGAUGAUGAUGAUGAUGAUGAUGAUGAUGAUGAUGAUGAUGAUGAUGAUGAUGAUGAUGAUGAUGAUGAUGAUGAUGAUGAUGAUGAUGAUGAUGAUGAUGAUGAUGAUGAUGAUGAUGAUGAUGAUGAUGAUGAUGAUGAUGAUGAUGAUGAUGAUGAUGAUGAUGAUGAUGAUGAUGAUGAUGAUGAUGAUGAUGAUGAUGAUGAUGAUGAUGAUGAUGAUGAUGAUGAUGAUGAUGAUGAUGAUGAUGAUGAUGAUGAUGAUGAUGAUGAUGAUGAUGAUGAUGAUGAUGAUGAUGAUGAUGAUGAUGAUGAUGAUGAUGAUGAUGAUGAUGAUGAUGAUGAUGAUGAUGAUGAUGAUGAUGAUGAUGAUGAUGAUGAUGAUGAUGAUGAUGAUGAUGAUGAUGAUGAUGAUGAUGAUGAUGAUGAUGAUGAUGAUGAUGAUGAUGAUGAUGAUGAUGAUGAUGAUGAUGAUGAUGAUGAUGAUGAUGAUGAUGAUGAUGAUGAUGAUGAUGAUGAUGAUGAUGAUGAUGAUGAUGAUGAUGAUGAUGAUGAUGAUGAUGAUGAUGAUGAUGAUGAUGAUGAUGAUGAUGAUGAUGAUGAUGAUGAUGAUGAUGAUGAUGAUGAUGAUGAUGAUGAUGAUGAUGAUGAUGAUGAUGAUGAUGAUGAUGAUGAUGAUGAUGAUGAUGAUGAUGAUGAUGAUGAUGAUGAUGAUGAUGAUGAUGAUGAUGAUGAUGAUGAUGAUGAUGAUGAUGAUGAUGAUGAUGAUGAUGAUGAUGAUGAUGAUGAUGAUGAUGAUGAUGAUGAUGAUGAUGAUGAUGAUGAUGAUGAUGAUGAUGAUGAUGAUGAUGAUGAUGAUGAUGAUGAUGAUGAUGAUGAUGAUGAUGAUGAUGAUGAUGAUGAUGAUGAUGAUGAUGAUGAUGAUGAUGAUGAUGAUGAUGAUGAUGAUGAUGAUGAUGAUGAUGAUGAUGAUGAUGAUGAUGAUGAUGAUGAUGAUGAUGAUGAUGAUGAUGAUGAUGAUGAUGAUGAUGAUGAUGAUGAUGAUGAUGAUGAUGAUGAUGAUGAUGAUGAUGAUGAUGAUGAUGAUGAUGAUGAUGAUGAUGAUGAUGAUGAUGAUGAUGAUGAUGAUGAUGAUGAUGAUGAUGAUGAUGAUGAUGAUGAUGAUGAUGAUGAUGAUGAUGAUGAUGAUGAUGAUGAUGAUGAUGAUGAUGAUGAUGAUGAUGAUGAUGAUGAUGAUGAUGAUGAUGAUGAUGAUGAUGAUGAUGAUGAUGAUGAUGAUGAUGAUGAUGAUGAUGAUGAUGAUGAUGAUGAUGAUGAUGAUGAUGAUGAUGAUGAUGAUGAUGAUGAUGAUGAUGAUGAUGAUGAUGAUGAUGAUGAUGAUGAUGAUGAUGAUGAUGAUGAUGAUGAUGAUGAUGAUGAUGAUGAUGAUGAUGAUGAUGAUGAUGAUGAUGAUGAUGAUGAUGAUGAUGAUGAUGAUGAUGAUGAUGAUGAUGAUGAUGAUGAUGAUGAUGAUGAUGAUGAUGAUGAUGAUGAUGAUGAUGAUGAUGAUGAUGAUGAUGAUGAUGAUGAUGAUGAUGAUGAUGAUGAUGAUGAUGAUGAUGAUGAUGAUGAUGAUGAUGAUGAUGAUGAUGAUGAUGAUGAUGAUGAUGAUGAUGAUGAUGAUGAUGAUGAUGAUGAUGAUGAUGAUGAUGAUGAUGAUGAUGAUGAUGAUGAUGAUGAUGAUGAUGAUGAUGAUGAUGAUGAUGAUGAUGAUGAUGAUGAUGAUGAUGAUGAUGAUGAUGAUGAUGAUGAUGAUGAUGAUGAUGAUGAUGAUGAUGAUGAUGAUGAUGAUGAUGAUGAUGAUGAUGAUGAUGAUGAUGAUGAUGAUGAUGAUGAUGAUGAUGAUGAUGAUGAUGAUGAUGAUGAUGAUGAUGAUGAUGAUGAUGAUGAUGAUGAUGAUGAUGAUGAUGAUGAUGAUGAUGAUGAUGAUGAUGAUGAUGAUGAUGAUGAUGAUGAUGAUGAUGAUGAUGAUGAUGAUGAUGAUGAUGAUGAUGAUGAUGAUGAUGAUGAUGAUGAUGAUGAUGAUGAUGAUGAUGAUGAUGAUGAUGAUGAUGAUGAUGAUGAUGAUGAUGAUGAUGAUGAUGAUGAUGAUGAUGAUGAUGAUGAUGAUGAUGAUGAUGAUGAUGAUGAUGAUGAUGAUGAUGAUGAUGAUGAUGAUGAUGAUGAUGAUGAUGAUGAUGAUGAUGAUGAUGAUGAUGAUGAUGAUGAUGAUGAUGAUGAUGAUGAUGAUGAUGAUGAUGAUGAUGAUGAUGAUGAUGAUGAUGAUGAUGAUGAUGAUGAUGAUGAUGAUGAUGAUGAUGAUGAUGAUGAUGAUGAUGAUGAUGAUGAUGAUGAUGAUGAUGAUGAUGAUGAUGAUGAUGAUGAUGAUGAUGAUGAUGAUGAUGAUGAUGAUGAUGAUGAUGAUGAUGAUGAUGAUGAUGAUGAUGAUGAUGAUGAUGAUGAUGAUGAUGAUGAUGAUGAUGAUGAUGAUGAUGAUGAUGAUGAUGAUGAUGAUGAUGAUGAUGAUGAUGAUGAUGAUGAUGAUGAUGAUGAUGAUGAUGAUGAUGAUGAUGAUGAUGAUGAUGAUGAUGAUGAUGAUGAUGAUGAUGAUGAUGAUGAUGAUGAUGAUGAUGAUGAUGAUGAUGAUGAUGAUGAUGAUGAUGAUGAUGAUGAUGAUGAUGAUGAUGAUGAUGAUGAUGAUGAUGAUGAUGAUGAUGAUGAUGAUGAUGAUGAUGAUGAUGAUGAUGAUGAUGAUGAUGAUGAUGAUGAUGAUGAUGAUGAUGAUGAUGAUGAUGAUGAUGAUGAUGAUGAUGAUGAUGAUGAUGAUGAUGAUGAUGAUGAUGAUGAUGAUGAUGAUGAUGAUGAUGAUGAUGAUGAUGAUGAUGAUGAUGAUGAUGAUGAUGAUGAUGAUGAUGAUGAUGAUGAUGAUGAUGAUGAUGAUGAUGAUGAUGAUGAUGAUGAUGAUGAUGAUGAUGAUGAUGAUGAUGAUGAUGAUGAUGAUGAUGAUGAUGAUGAUGAUGAUGAUGAUGAUGAUGAUGAUGAUGAUGAUGAUGAUGAUGAUGAUGAUGAUGAUGAUGAUGAUGAUGAUGAUGAUGAUGAUGAUGAUGAUGAUGAUGAUGAUGAUGAUGAUGAUGAUGAUGAUGAUGAUGAUGAUGAUGAUGAUGAUGAUGAUGAUGAUGAUGAUGAUGAUGAUGAUGAUGAUGAUGAUGAUGAUGAUGAUGAUGAUGAUGAUGAUGAUGAUGAUGAUGAUGAUGAUGAUGAUGAUGAUGAUGAUGAUGAUGAUGAUGAUGAUGAUGAUGAUGAUGAUGAUGAUGAUGAUGAUGAUGAUGAUGAUGAUGAUGAUGAUGAUGAUGAUGAUGAUGAUGAUGAUGAUGAUGAUGAUGAUGAUGAUGAUGAUGAUGAUGAUGAUGAUGAUGAUGAUGAUGAUGAUGAUGAUGCUGAUGAUGAUGAUGAUGAUGAUGAUGAUGAUGAUGAUGCUGAUGAUGAUGAUGAUGAUGAUGAUGAUGAUGAUGAUGAUGAUGAUGAUGAUGAUGAUGAUGAUGAUGAUGAUGAUGAUGAUGAUGAUGAUGAUGAUGAUGAUGAUGAUGAUGAUGAUGAUGAUGAUGAUGAUGAUGAUGAUGAUGAUGAUGAUGAUGAUGAUGAUGAUGAUGAUGAUGAUGAUGAUGAUGAUGAUGAUGAUGAUGAUGAUGAUGAUGAUGAUGAUGAUGAUGAUGAUGAUGAUGAUGAUGAUGAUGAUGAUGAUGAUGAUGAU